AUGUAUUUACUGGAUAAAGUUUGGGGUCUUGAACCACCACGUCUUGUGAUUACUGUUCAUGGAGGUAUCACUAAUUUUGAGGUGCAAGACAAGCUUGGCCGCGUAUUUCGAGAAGGCUUACUGAAAGCGGCACAGACAACAGGCGCAUGGAUUAUCACAGCUGGAAUUGACGCUGGAGUUGUGCGACACGUUGCGACUGCUCUUGAUGAAGCAGGCAUUUCAGCCAGAAUGCGAUCAAAAGUGGUAACAAUCGGAAUUGCUCCAUGGGGUCUGCUGAAGCGCCGCGAAAGACUGAUUGGUAAAGAUAUUGUUGUGCCAUAUGAUCCUCAUUCAUUUUCCUCCAAAAACAAAUAUGCUACCUUGAACGAUCGGCAUUCAUAUUUUUUACUUGUUGACAAUGGUACCUGCGGGCGUUAUGGCGCCGAUAUAAUUUUACGUAAACGUUUCGAAGAAUUCAUAGCACAAAAGCAAACGAUUGGCUUAGGAACACGACAUGUACCCGUGGUUUGCGCAGUGCUCGAGGGCGGUACUUGCACUAUAAGAGCGAUUCUUCAAUAUCUGAAGAACGAACCUCCGGUUCCAGUAAUCGUUUGUGACGGAAGUGGACGAGCUUCUGAUCUCAUUGCAUUCGCGCAUCGCCAUGUUUCUGACGAUGGAAGUCUGCCAGAUGAAAUUCGGACACAGCUUUUAACUCUCAUUGCGUCGGUGUUUCGACACAGUACCACACCACCGGCUCAAAUCCUCGAAGAAGUCUUGUGUUGCACCAAACGACGUGAUUUGGUUGGUUACUGUCGCGCACUUACAGUAUUUCGCUUAGGCGAAAACAAGAAGCAAGACGUUGAUCAUGCAAUCUUAAGCGCUAUGCUGAAAGGACAAAAUUUG